GUUGAUUCGGAGUUCGUACUUUCUAACAAUAUUUCCUUAUAUCCCUUUCCGAAUUGUCCGGCUUUCAAUGAAUAAAUAUGUCUAAAACGAGUACAGUGGUUGUACAGGAAACACAAACGUCACCUGCAAGUUUAAGGAAAAAGCCAGCUAGUACAGUUUCGGAAAUAUUUGAAAGUCUGAACUACGGCCCAGCACCAGAGUCCAGUAUGCCGGCCGAAGGAUGGCUAGAUGAUCAUGGUCGAGCUUUUGGACAUUUUAUUGAUGGAAAAUGGGUAAAACCCGAAGGACGAAAAGUCUAUGAAACGAAAAAUCCUGCAACAGGUGAAAAAAUUGCAUCCACAAUUCAGGGUGAAAAAGAGGACGUCGACUUGGCCGUUGCCGCCGCUCGCAAGGCGUACGACUCGUGGAGCAAACUUCCUGGACACGCACGAGCACGUCAUUUGUACAGCAUCGCUCGGCACGUGCAGAAGCACAUGCGACUGGUUGCAGUCGUCGAGAGCAUGGACAACGGAAAACCGAUCAGGGAAUCUCGAGAUUGCGACAUUCCAAAUGUUAUCCGCCAUCUCUAUCACCACGCCGGCUGGGCAGAGCUCAUGGACACCGAAAUGAAAGAUUGGUCUUCAAUAGGCGUUGUUGGUGCCAUUGUUCCCUGGAAUUUUCCACUCAUGUUACUAUGCUGGAAGGUGUGCCCUGCCUUGGCGAUGGGUAACACGGUGGUCCUGAAACCAGCAACGUACACACGUCUCUCAGCAUUGCUGUUUGCCGAGAUUUGCGCCGAGGCUGGCCUCCCCCCCGGUGUCUUCAAUGUUGUGACGGGAAGCGGCAGCCUGGGAAGUCACAUCGUUUGUCAUAAUGAUGUUGAUAAGGUCGCUUUUACUGGAUCAACUGAGGUUGGACAAACUUUGCGACGACUUACAGCUGGUACUGGCAAGAAAUUGUCUUUGGAGUUAGGAGGAAAAUCUCCAUUUGUCGUAUUUGACUCGGCAGAUUUAGACAGCACUGUCGAGGGCAUUGUAGAUGCGAUCUGGUUUAAUCAAGGACAGGUCUGCAGCGCUGGAUCGCGUCUUAUCGUCCAAGAAAGUUGUUCAGAAAAACUUAUUAAGAAAAUCAAAGAAAGAAUGUCACACCUCAGGCAAGGGGAUUCGCUGGAUAAAUGUGUUGACAUGGGAGCAAUCGUGGAUCCAUCGCAAAAGAAAUCCAUCGACGAGUUUGUGCAGGACGCAAAAAGCACUGGGGCAGAGGUAUUUCAAAGUUGUGCUUCAAUGCCAGAUGCUGGCUGUUUUUAUCCACCAACUUUGGUCACGAAUGUUCAACCUGUUUCGAGAAUCGUGCAAGAGGAGGUUUUCGGGCCAGUUUUAGUUGUGUUGACAUUCCGUACGGCAAAGGAGGCAAUUGCUUUGGCGAACAAUACAAUCUAUGGCCUAGGUUCAAGCGUCUGGAGUGAGAACAUUGGCCUGGCGAUGGAAGUCGCCCGGUACAUACGUGCUGGAUGCGUCUGGAUCAAUGGACACAAUAUGUUUGAUGCCAGUGCCGGGUUUGGGGGCAUGAGACAGAGCGGGUUCGGUAGGGACGGAGGAAAAGAGGGAUUAUACGAGUACGUAAAACCUUCGUGGCAAAAACGUGCCCGACCAGAUGUUGCUGAUUACGACACUAAGAAGUUUGGUUCAACUUCUCCACCGAGACCUAAGGACCCCACGGUGAACCCACCAUUAUGCAAUGGGACGGACAAAAACGACCAUUUACCCAGCAUUGACCACACGUACAAGAACUAUAUUGGGGGAGCUCAGAAGAGGCCUGAUGCGUAUUAUGGUAGACCAGUACAUAACGACAAAGGACAAACUGUUGGUGUGGUGGCCGAAAGCAAUAGAAAAGAUGUCAGAGACGCCGUUGAAGCAGCCAAGAAAGCAUCUGCCGGAUGGUGUAAGAAGUCCAGCCACAGUAGAGCACAGGUUCUAUACUAUAUCGCAGAGAACAUGGAAUUACGUCAGCAGGAACUUGCGCAAAGGAUAUGCGCAAUGACAGGACAGAGUGCCGAUGAGGCAGAAAAAGAAGUUAAGAUGGCCAUACAACGUGUGUUUCACUGGGCUGCUUAUGCUGAUAAAUAUGGGGGAACAGUACAGGAAACAAGCUGGUAUGGUACAACUAUCAAAGUCCACGAAGCGGUUGGUGUUGUCGGUAUCGCGUGUCCAGAUGAGUUUCCACUUCUCGCCUUUGUGUCUCUUGUGCUGCCUGCGAUCUCUCGUGGGAAUACAGUGGUGGUAAUACCCAGCGAAAAACACCCAAUUGUUGGGGCUGAUAUGUACCAGAUAUUCGACACGUCAGAUCUCCCUGGUGGAGUGGUCAACAUUUUGACCGGUGAUCGUGAUCACGUGACAAAGUACCUGGCCGAGCAUCAGAAUGUCGACGCGAUGUGGUACUUCGGGUCCGCGGAGGGCUCGAAAUUCGUCGAAUCCAUUUCUGCAGAGAACGUGAAACGCACGUGGGUUGGGUAUGGCGAGCCACGCAAUUGGUUAGAUAAUGAACAAGCGCAAGGUCACGAAUUUCACUAUCAUGCUGUAGAAUGUAAAAAUAUAUGGAUUCCAAUGGGACAUAUUUUUGCAAACUGAGGCGUAUUUGCAGAACAACAUUGGAUACAUGGGAGUAAUUCGAUUACAUAAUUGGCCGGGAACCUGAAUCAAGUUGUGUUUUUUAUCAAAUGAGUCGUAUAAAAAUCUGUGAAAAAUGAAAAUUAGUUUCAUUCAAUUAUAUUUUCAUAAUUUUGCGCAAACUGUGCAAACUUUACUUUGCUUUCGACAUAGCGGAGCAUUAUGCACAGCAAUGAAGAGAGUUUGUAAUUUUCCCUCUUCUCAUCAAACCCUGCGCUUUUUCAUUUGAUUAUUCUAAGAUUCUCAUUCGAUCGAGAUUGUGAAAAAAGCAACCAUAUCGUCCAUACCUGUCAAAAACGAAGCCAGCCAGCCAGGAUUAUUAAUGCACUUCAGAAGCCUAUUUAACCACUAAGAAUUAA